UGCAUUAAAUUGGGGGUUAUUUGUUACAUUCGAAAUUAGGGGACUAAUUGUGGUUAAUUACGAAAAUUGGAGGGGUUAAUGAGAAUAAUCAAUCAUACACGUCUGUCGUCGUCUUUGAGGGUUUUGUUUGAACAGAGAGACUAGAGUGUUGGAUUCGUUAAUGGCGAAAACUGAUAAGCUAGCUCAAUUCCUUGAUUCGGGGAUCUAUGAAUCCGACGAUUCCAAUUGGUUCUUCUUAGACCCGGUUCGUAUCACCAAUCGUUCAUAUACCCGAUUUAGGGUUUCACCUUCUGCUUAUUACUCUCGUUUCUUCAAUUCGAAGCAACUCAAUCAACAAUCCAGCGACUCUAAUCCGAGAAAGCGAAAACGGAAGCAGAAAGACCCUAGCUUUCACCUUCCUAGUGUAGGAGAGCAAGCUUCGAAUCUUCGUCAUCAGGAAGCGAGGCUGUUCUUAUCGAAAGCCCAUGAAUCUUUUUUAAAGGACGUCGAGUUGGUGAAUUUAACGAAAGGUCUAAGUGAUGAUGAUUCUAGUUUGUUGAACAAGUGUUGUGACGAUGAACUCUCUUUUAUUGAGCUUGGAGGAGUGUGGCAAGCUCCUUUCUAUGAGAUAACACUGAAUUUUAAUCUAUGUUGCGACAAUGAAGGCGAGACUUGCAAUGAACAGAGAGUGUUUCAAGUGUUCAAUAACCUAGUAGUGAACGAGACUGGAGAAGAAGUGGGAGCUGAGUUUUCCAACCGGAGAUAUAUAAUGCCUAGAAAGAGUUGCUUCUACAUGUCUGAUUUACUGCAUAUCCGAAACCUCGUUCCUGCUAGACCUGAAGAAGGCUUCAAUCUUAUAGUUAUUGAUCCACCUUGGGAAAAUGCAAGCGCUCAUCAGAAAUCAAAGUUCGUUAUCGACUUGAAGUAUCCUACUUUACCAAACCGAUACUUCUUAUCUCUCCCGAUCAAGCAGCUUGCUCAUGCUGAAGGAGCUCUCGUCGCUUUGUGGGUGACCAAUAGAGAGAAAUUACUUAGUUUUGUUGAGAAAGAGCUAUUCCCUGCAUGGGGAAUUAAGUAUGUAGCUACAAUGUAUUGGUUGAAGGUGAAACCAGAUGGUACACUGAUUUGCGAUCUGGACCUGGUCCAUCAUAAACCUUAUGAGUACCUUCUACUAGGCUACCGUUAUACCGAACUUCCAGGAUCAGAACAUAGGUCAGAUUUUAAACUCUUGGACAAGAACCAGAUAAUCAUGAGCAUCCCUGGAGAUUUUUCGAGGAAACCCCCAAUUGGAGAGAUACUAUUGAAACACACUCCCGGGUCUCAACCGGCUCGGUGCCUUGAGCUAUUUGCUAGGGAAAUGGCUGCCGGAUGGACCUCUUGGGGAAAUGAACCUCUUCACUUUCAGGACUCGAGAUACUUUUUGAAAGAUUAGUGGGUGCAUUCCCUAGGUUGCAGCCAAGGAAAAGACUGGCUUGGGCCCUCAUGAUUGUUUUUUUCUGUGACUCAUUGUCAAGCUGAAGACAGUGAGGAGAGAACCCUUGGAAGGAAUCAGAAGGUUUGAUUUGAUGAACGACAUUGUUCAAAAAGAAAAAAAAAAAUACUUAAGAUUUUGUCUUAGAACUAUACCAUCAAAUUAGUAAGCUUUUUUCUUUUCUUGUAACAGAUGAUGUUUCAGAUUAAAUUUAUAUAUAUUAUCAGUACAAUAAGAUCACA